UGAAAAAGCUGCCAGCAGAGUCCACCCACCGUGAUGUCACCACCAGUGUGUCCACGCUGACAGCGUCCAAACUCUGCACUGCUGGAGGCAGCUGGAAGCGAGCAUGCAGCCUCGGCCCGGUGUUUGCAGGAGCCGGCGCUGCUGAGACGUGACCCGUCGGUGCUGAGCGAGUGUCUGCUGGACACCCACCAUGGACGACUUCACCACCAGAACAUACGGCACCAGCGGCCUGGACAACAGACCUCUGUUUGGGGAGACCUCAGCCCGGGAUCGAAUCAUCAACAUGGUAGUGGGGGGAUUUACGGCUCUGGUGGUUUUAGUGACUGUGAUCGGAUCUUUUGUUUUCCCAUCGUUGCCUCCGAGGCCGUUAAACAUCUUCUUUGCCGUGUGCAUCCUGUUAGCGUGUGGAUCCACAUUAGUGCUGAUAUUCUGGUACCGGCAGGGAGACCUGGAACCUAAAUUCAGAAAUCUCAUCUACUACAUGCUGGCGUCCAUUGUGCUGCUGUGUCUAUGUGCCAACCUCUACUUCUUCGAUGCCAGGAAAUGAUGGAGGAGGAGAAAAGGGAGGAGAAAGAAGGGACGACAUAGGCUUGACGGAUGGAAGCCCAGGCAAUAGUCUUACAACGGGCUAACGGAUCAACAAAGAAGAAUCACGUGACCAAAACAAUAUUUGACAUGCUAACUUAAACCUGCAGAGGAUGCUGAGACCAAAAAGCAGUGAGGAUCCCUGAAGACUCGCUGCUGCUGAGUUCCGCAAACACGUGAGGUUGCAGUGCAGGAACCAUGACGUACUGCAAGGGGCCAUAAAUCUGCCUGCUGGGACACAAACGUUCAACAUAAACAACUGUGUUUACAUGCAAAUAAACAUUUAUCAUGACUGCAGUCACAUCCUGGAGCGAGGUUGAAUGGAAUGAAGCAACAAUUGGAGGAAAAAUCUGCUCUUUGAUUGGGUCACUUAGGGUUUAAAUGGCUCGUUUUCUUUAUAUCCUCUUAAACUUUGAAUUAAUGUCGGUUUGACUCCUUUGAACUCCAGUAAAUUUUCAUUCAAAUGAGAUUAACAUCACAGGGGGAUCAAAUAUCCACUGAGACGAGGAAAUGAAAGAAAAGGGCUUAGUUAAAUCAGUCAAAUUUUCCUGGUUAAAAUGAAAAAAAUUUAGUUAGAAAAUUUAGUAGAAACAACAUAAGCCUCCACAGGGGGGCGCUGGAGAGUUAAAGGGAGCUAAAAGUCAUCACAUCUGCAUGGAUUGUAGAAGUCAUUGAUUAAAAAAAGAUUCCAUGCUUUUAAAGAUGCCAAAAGAUUUGUCUUCAACUUCAACAAAUACGUCCAAUUUCCUCUAAAUUCCACUAAAAAUUCCAAAGGAAUUCACUCCAGAUGGGAUUUAAAAGCUAAAAGGAGCAGCCAAUUAAGUGCAUUCAUUGAUGAGUGAUGACACCCCCAGAUGCACAAAAUCUGAGGAAAAACUUUUGAAAUAAGUUAGUGGUGCAUUCAGGGUCAACAGUGUCAGGAAAUCUCAUUUGCCAUAAGUGUGAUUCUUGGUUUUCAGGAGGUGGAUUGUUACUUCAAACUGGGUGCAUGUCGUGAGCAUUUUAAAGCAGCGAAUGAAGCGAGAGGAAGGCGGUGGAGUCUCGUCUUCCCUUCAGUACUGUAAACUGUAGAAACUCAGAACUAGCCAAUAGCACAUGCAGCAUAUCGGGGUCUGUCUUCAGACACAUGCAGUAGCACUGUGUGUGUUUCUCUGCUUCAGUUAAUAAUUGUUAGAAUUUAAUUAAUUUCCACACUGCAUCCAACUGAGAAGAGCUUUUUUUUAUUUUGGAUUUAAAUGACAGACUUAACUGACCAACUUUUCCACCGAGAAUGUUCAACUCCACACUUGACAUCUCAGGCCAAAUCAAUUUUCCAUUGAAGGUUUUACACUAUUAACCUGCUGUUUGUCAAUGUGAGCUGAAUUGUAGCUUUAAAUUCAGUUUCUUGAUUUAUAUGUGUUGCAAAUGUCUGUUUCAGCUCCACACAUUCACACCGAGGUCGCUGCUAAAAAUGAGCUUCACAGCAGGCUUGUAUGCUACCUGAUGAUUUGGUCUCAAAGCAUUCUUCAGAUCAACAUAUCUAAUAUUUGGGUUAUUUAGACCAUUUGAGGCCUAAAAACAAAUCCAGCAUAAUGAACUCCUUCCACGUUAGUGAAAACACACCUGUUUGACCAAAUCACAGAGAAACAUACCGAGAUCGAUACGUAUCCAGAUCAAACUGACAUCAGUCUGCAGGUCGAACUGUCAACGAAGACCACAACCAACAACACGCCAGUCUGUGUUUCAUCCUUCUUCUAGAACAUCCUCAUUUCAGUUAUCAAACACAGAAAUGCUGGACGUCUAGGACUAUUUUCUGUGGAGGAUGAAUCCAGCGUUAACAGCAGAAGGAAGGUGAAGGAGGAAAAAAGAGAAGCUGUUCAUGUUAAGGUGUUUUCGCUGGUUUUGGCCUUGUUGAGAACAACACAUAAAAAGAUGAUUUGACGCGUAGUCGGGACAGGAAGUGAUGUUUGUUUGCAGACGAUCUGCAGUUUAGCUCGACGGCGAACUGAACUUUUAAGUUAAUGAAAAGCAAAAUUUUCCAGGAUUUUAGGACUGUCAAAGCCAUGUUGUUUGUUUUGUUUUUCUAAUUUAAUGUUUUAUUGAAUAAAUAAUUGUACAACUUGA